AUGGCAAAGGCGGCCGAGUACAUCUCCGUCAGAAUUUAUCUCCAGCAAAGUCUUUCGGCUGUACUGCCGUAUGAGCAGUGGCUUUACGCUGCUCGUAUCCAUUCUCCAGCUCCCAUUUCAUCGGCUUGGGCAGAAAAAGCAACACGUCUUCGCUCAGUUGUGUCUGAUGUGCUGCCAGUUGACGUACACCAGUCCUUUCCAUUAUCACCAGAGUUCUUGCCCCCUUCUGGAGCAGACUGUCUGGUGUCAUCUUUCUGCCUGGAGAGUGUAAGCCAUGACUUGCUUUCCUUCAACCAUGCCCUAGGACACAUCUCCAGCCUGCUUAAAAAAGGUGGUUACCUCCUGCUUAUUGGUGCCCUGGGAGAGAGCUUCUACAUGGGGGCACCAGGGCUGUACAUCCCUGUGGUCCCUCUGGAUGAGUCUCAGGUCUGUGCUAGCCUGAAGGCCAGUGGAUAUGAGCUGUUGCAGUUGUGUAUUUACCACCUGCCUCCAGACAUGAAGGUGGGAGUGGAUGAUGUCACUGCUGUGUUCUUUGCAAAAGCUAAGAAAGUAUAA